AUGUCGGGAUCGGGCUUCACUAGCCCCUUUGGGGCGAACUCGAACCCCUUUGGCUCCGCGAGACUCGACACAGGGGGCAACGGUAUGCAACGAGUGGCAGAAGAGGAUGAGAACGAUACCAUCACCUCGCCCACGACACCAAAUUUCGGCCAGGGAACGGGCAACGUGUUCAGGGGGCCAUUCGGCAGCGAUUCCUCGGAGACACAACAACAUUCCAACCCGAGAGGGCCCCCGGUGGCCGAGGGGUACCCGGCUCAGUACAACUUUGGCCGUCGCACUUCGGUGUCGGCAGAGUCGCUCAAACCAGUUGGCGAUAGCCUCGACAACUGGACGCCACCUGUACAUUCCAAGACGCCGGACCAGCUGGCACGGCUGAAAAAGGCCAUCAGCGGAAACUUUCUGUUCAGCCAUCUCGAUGAUGAACAGGCCGCCCAGGUUCUGGGUGCUUUGCAAGAAAAGCCGAUUCCCACCAAGGGGAUCAAGGUAAUCAUCCAAGGCGACGCAGGCGACUUCUUCUACGUCGUCGAGAAGGGCUCUUUCGACAUCCACGUCAACAGCAGCGGAACACUACAGCCAGGGCCAGACGGGAUGGGCCCCAAGGUUAGCACCAUUGAGGCCGGUGGAUCGUUUGGCGAGCUCGCGCUCAUGUACAACGCGCCCCGCGCGGCCACCGUCAUCUCGGCCGAGCCGCAAUGCACGUUGUGGGCGCUGGACCGAGUAACCUUCCGGCGCAUCCUGAUGGAAUCAACCUUUGCGCGCCGGCGCAUGUACGAAGGCUUCCUCGAGGAGGUCCCGCUGCUAUCUAGCUUGACACCCUAUGAGCGGUCCAAGAUCGCGGACGCCCUCGAGAGCCAAAAGUUCCCCGCCGGCUACACCAUCAUCCGCGAGGGCGACCCGGGCCACUCGUUCUACCUGCUCGAGUCGGGCGAGGCGGCCGCGUACCGCAGUGGUAGCGAUGACGAUAACACGCCUGUUAAGCACUACAAGAAGGGCGACUUCUUUGGUGAGCUUGCGCUGCUUAACGACGCACCGCGGGCCGCUAGUGUGAUUAGUAAGUCGGAGGUUAAGGUUGCGAGACUCGGAAAGUCGGCUUUUCAGCGACUGCUUGGUCCUGUGGAGGGCAUCAUGCGCCGGACUAAGUAUGUGGGUGUCAAGACUGGCGUUGAGGAUAUGGAUCCCCUGCAGGCGCAUUAG